AUGUUAUAUUUCCAUAGAUUUCUAGGAGCAGUGAAAAUUCUUUGCUCACCAACAUACAAUGGGGCUCAUGUAUAUUCAUUAACCCACGAAGAAUCGUGCCUAUUCACAUGCGAGCUCACUUCCCUUUUGCAGACUCCUCAAGCCUACUGUCCCUACUGUCCGGACAGUCAAGGUCUUGAACGCCUUCGUCAUCGUACACCGUUAUCUUCACCUCUAGAUGCCUGGCAAAUACCGGACUUCUUUCGACAUUUAUCUAACCAACCACAAAACACCGUUUCCACUGCAUAUGGCCCCUUAGGGGAAGACUAUCAAGCCUCGAUUCUACCAAAUGGCUUUCACGGUGCCUGGACCAGCGAUCGCUGCGAGUCGGGUCCUCAUGAUACCUACGUCACACGAACCCUUCUGCUGAAAGCUACUGUUGGGCCUGACACUGCACAGCCUAGUUGGCAAGUAUCAGCCGAGUUGCCUAGUGAAUACGCCGUUGAUAGAAAUAACUUAAGUUCUCCAGCCACCUCGUCCUACUCUUAUUCUGCUUCUCAUGGUCAUCUCUCUUCAUCAUCCAUUAUGACAAAGAACCAUUCCGAUCAGCCUGUAAUAGGACAGGUUAACCGCCCUCUCCAAGCGGAUUAUGUUUCAUCCUCUGAGCAGAAGGAUUCAACAAGUCAUCUGAUCAAAGCUUCAGAUCAUCCGAAUGCUGGCUUUAAGCUUAAACCAAGGCAGCAGACACAUUUGCUACGUAUGGGGAUCCCAGCUGGGUGGCAACUGCGACACACUGUCUAUCAUGAUAUCAGUUGUCUUCUGCCAAAGUAUUCAAUAGAUGUAGAGGGUGUGUAUGAGUUGCGGGCUGAUGGACUAUUUGUCAGCGAUCCAAUGACGAUUGAGGCGCGUUUCGACUCAAAAUCGUAA